AUGGCUUGGAAGGUGGUAUUGGGCAUGGCUGUCAUGAAGACGUUGAAGGACGACGAUGCUGAAGACAGAAAAAGCAGAGAUGGGGCAGAGGAGGAGGAGGGGAAGGAGAGCUACGCCAUUUUCAUCUACAAUGUGAUACGGCAGGUGACACUGGAGGCAGGCAUCUUGUCGAAGGUGAUGCCGAUCAUGAACUCAAGCAUGAACGACAUUAUUAUGUGGAUUGCAGCCGAGCCGAGUAGGUUGGCACAUUAUAAAGGAGAUCGGCAGUCACGAGCAGAGAGUUAUAGGCUGCUUCUGCUGCUGCUGCUUCUGCCUGGUGAGUUGGCGAAGGACGUGGUGUCGGAGGUCACCAAGGCUGUAACCAAGUGCACCAGCUCCAUGUAG